CUGCCGCUCGCCGCUCCUGUCGGCUGUUGCUGUUGGGUCACCCGCAUAUGUUUUGGGGUCCGGCUCUUGGGGAUAGGGGAUGGAAAAAGGCCUACCCCUCAUUACUUACUGAAAAAAAGGGAGCGUUGAAGAUGAUGGGGGAGAGCCCAGAAGGUGGUAGUAGAGUAAACACCGGCUCUCCCACCGCACAAUCCCAACAUCGUUUUUCUGAAAAUAUUCUGAGCCGAACCUUUAGAAGCGAAGCCCGCCCUUAAGAGAGACAGUCUUGUUUUUAAAAUGAAGAAGUUUAAUUUCCGAAAAGUUUUGGAUGGCUUAACUGCCUCUUCCCCUGGCAGUGGUAGCAGCAGUGGCAGUAACAGUGGUGGUGGGGCUGGAAGUGGUUCCAUACAUCCAGGAGGGACUGCAGGGGUUCUCAAAGAGGAGAUUCAGGAAACCCUGACUUCAGAGUAUUUCCAGAUUUGCAAGACAGUUCGGCAUGGUUUCCCUUAUCAGCCCACAGCAUUAGCCUUUGAUCCAGUUCAGAAAAUCUUGGCUAUUGGGACAAGAACAGGUGCUAUACGAAUACUUGGGAGACCUGGCGUUGAUUGUUAUUGCCAACAUGAAAGUGGUGCAGCUGUCCUGCAGCUCCAAUUCUUGAUCAAUGAGGGUGCUUUGGUUAGUGCAAGUUCAGAUGAUACCCUUCAUUUGUGGAAUCUCAGACAAAAAAGGCCAGCUAUUCUUCAUUCUCUUAAAUUUAACCGAGAACGAAUUACUUACUGUCAUCUACCUUUCCAGAGUAAAUGGCUCUAUGUUGGAACAGAAAGAGGAAAUACACAUAUUGUAAAUAUUGAAUCUUUCAUUCUUUCUGGAUAUGUUAUCAUGUGGAACAAGGCAAUUGAGCUAUCCACGAAGACUCAUCCAGGUCCAGUUGUACAUUUAAGUGAUAGCCCAAGAGAUGAAGGGAAACUGCUGAUAGGUUAUGAAAAUGGUACUGUAGUAUUCUGGGACUUGAAAUCUAAAAGAGCAGAACUAAGAGUUUAUUAUGAUGAGGCUAUUCAUUCAAUUGAUUGGCAUCAUGAGGGCAAACAAUUCAUGUGCAGCCAUUCAGAUGGUAGCUUGACCUUAUGGAACCUGAAAAGCCCAAGUCGUCCUUUCCAGACCACAAUUCCACAUGGAAAAAGUCAAAGAGAAGGAAGAAAAUCUGAAUCUUGUAAACCAAUCCUAAAAGUAGAAUACAAGACUUGUAGAAACAGUGAACCAUUCAUAAUAUUUUCUGGUGGACUGUCUUAUGACAAAGCUUGCAGAAGACCAAGUUUAACCAUCAUGCAUGGAAAAGCAAUUACAGUGCUUGAAAUGGAUCAUCCUAUUGUCGAAUUUCUUACUUUAUGUGAAACACCCUAUCCAAAUGAAUUUCAAGAACCUUAUGCUGUUGUAGUACUUCUGGAGAAAGAUCUCAUUGUAGUUGAUCUGACACAAAGCAAUUUUCCAAUCUUUGAAAAUCCGUAUCCCAUGGACAUUCAUGAAUCACCAGUUACAUGCACAGCAUACUUUGCUGAUUGCCCACCAGACCUGAUUCUAGUACUCUACUCUAUAGGAGUCAAGCAUAAAAAACAAGGAUACAGUAAUAAGGAGUGGCCAAUCAGUGGAGGAGCUUGGAACCUUGGAACACAAACAUAUCCAGAAAUUAUUAUUACUGGUCAUGCAGAUGGAUCAAUAAAAUUUUGGGAUGCUUCUGCAAUAACUCUGCAGAUGCUGUACAAGCUAAAAACGUCGAAAGUGUUUGAAAAACAGAAGGUAGGAGAAGGAAAACCGACAUGUGAAAUUGUAGAGGAAGAUCCAUAUGCCAUUCAGAUGAUUUACUGGUGUCCAGAGAGCAGAGUAUUCUGUGUAUCAGGAGUCUCUGCAUAUGUCAUAAUUUAUAAAUUCAGCAGACACGAAAUAACAACAGAAAUAGUGUCAUUAGAGGUACGACUUCAGUAUGAUAUUGAAGAUAUUAUUACUCCAGAACCAGAAACAAGUCCUCCAUUUCCAGAUCCCUCAUCCCAGCUUCCUUCUUCAAGGAGUCUUUCCGGAAGCACUAACACUGUGGCUAGUGAAGGAGGAACAAAGGACAGUAUCCCAUGCCUCAAUGUUAAGACACGGCCAGUGCGGAUGCCUCCAGGAUAUCAAGCAGAGCUUGUUAUUCAGUUGGUGUGGGUGGAUGGUGAGCCUCCCCAACAGAUUACUAGUCUUGCUGUAAGCUCAGCAUAUGGAAUAGUUGCGUUUGGGAACUGCAAUGGGUUGGCUGUGGUAGAUUUUAUACAGAAGACAGUACUGUUAAGCAUGGGGACCAUUGACCUAUAUAAAUCAAGUGACCUAUACCAACGUCAACCACGGUCUCCUCGAAAAAACAAGCAGUUCAUUGCAGACAACUUUUGCAUGCGUGGCCUGUCUAACCUUUAUCCUGAUUUAACGAAACGGAUCCGUACUUCUUAUCAGAGUUUAACUGAGCUAAAUGACAGUCCAGUUUCCCUGGAACUUGAGCGCUGCAAGUCUCCCACUUCAGGACUUGCUACCAGAACUCCUGAGGCAACAACAGGCUUUUAUAGGAAUGAAAUACCAGCUGUGAGACAGAGGAAUCAAAUACAUCACUUGCCAGAUCAUGUAAAUGGACACUGCACAAGUCCAACUUCUCAGAGUUGCAGUUCUGGAAAACGUCUGUCCAGUGCUGAUGUUUCAAAAGUAAAUCGCUGGGGUCCUGGAAGACCACCAUUUCGGAAAGCACAAUCAGCUGCUUGCAUGGAAAUUUCUUUACCAGUCACAACAGAAGAAAGCCGAGAAAAUUCCUAUAAUCGUUCUAGAAGCUCUAGCAUCUCCAGUAUUGACAAAGAUUCAAAAGAAGCAAUUACAGCACUAUACUUCAUGGAGUCCUUUGCUCGGAAAAAUGACCCUACAGUCUCUCCUUGUUUGUUUGUUGGAACUAGUCUGGGAAUGGUGUUAAUCAUCUCCCUGAACCUUCCUUCAGCAGAUGAACAAAGAUUUACAGAGCCAGUCAUGGUAUUCCCAAGUGGUACCUUCCUCUCACUGAAAGGUGCUGUGCUAACAUUCUCCUGUAUGGACCGAAAUGGUGGAUUAAUGCAGCCGCCAUAUGAAGUUUGGAGGGAUCCAAACAACGUAGAUGAAAAUGAAAAAUCUUGGAGAAGGAAACUGGUCAUGAACUGCCCCUCUCCAUCCCAAGAAAUAGGAGAUCAUCAGUAUACAAUAAUCUGCUCAGAGAAACAAGCCAAAGUCUUCUCACUGCCUUCUCAGACUUGUCUUUAUGUUCAUAACAUCACCGAGACAUCUUUUAUACUGCAAGCAGAUGUGGUGGUCAUGUGUAACAGUGCCUGCUUGGCAUGCUUUUGUGCCAAUGGGCAUAUCAUGAUAAUGAGCCUACCUAGUCUUCGCCCAAUGUUGGAUGUUAAUUAUUUGCCACUGACAGACAUGAGGAUAGCACGGACAUUUUGUUUUACCAAUGAAGGCCAGGCAUUAUACCUCGUCUCUCCUACUGAAAUUCAGCGUUUAACAUACAGCCAAGAGAUGUGUGAUAAUCUACAGGACAUGCUAGGAGAUUUGUUUACUCCCAUAGAGACACCAGAAGCUCAAAACAGAGGCUUCCUCAAGGGGCUGUUUGGUGGCAGUGGACAAACAUUUGACAGAGAAGAGCUCUUUGGGGAAGCUUCAGCGGGAAGAGCAUCUCGCAGCCUUGCACAGCACAUUCCUGGACCAGGUGGUAUAGAAGGGAUGAAAGGUGCUGCCGGAGGGGUGAUGGGAGAGCUGACACGCGCUCGGAUCGCACUUGAUGAGAGAGGACAGAGGCUAGGAGAGCUGGAGGAGAAGACUGCAGGCAUGAUGACCAGUGCAGAAGCAUUUUCCAAACAUGCACAUGAGUUAAUGCUGAAAUAUAAGGAUAAGAAAUGGUACCAAUUCUAAACUUCUAAAGAAGCUGUGACUGCUUUGAGAAACCAUUAUUCAGGGAAACAAAAUUUAUUCCCAGCAUCACUAUUCAACUUGCUAGAAGCCAGUUUCUUCUACAAAAUGUUCCAUUACAGUCUAUCUGAAGUUAUCAUAAGGGAAAUUUAUUAGAGACACUGUACAACCCAAAGGCUGAAACCCUGGUUAAAAUCCCAAGACAUGGCUGAAUUUGCCUUUUCCUAACGUGGAAUGGAGCUAUCAUUUUGGCAUGUUGUUUGCUAAGGAUUUACAUUUAGGAACUAUGGGGAGUCCUUCUGAUUUGAAAAAAUCCUGUACAAACAAAAGCAUUAAUGCACUUAAUGAAAAAAAAAAUCUUUGCAUGAUAAAUUAACAUCUUAAGAGGAAAAGAAAAAAAAGCAUGUUGUGACAGAAGAAAAAAAAAGAUUAUGACAAACUAUUUUUAUAAAUUGGGCCACACCUGACAAUUUAAAAAAUCUGUAUUAGAAGAUAUCAGUGUAUUUCAAGUACAUUUGCCAUACCCAACAGAAAAAGAAAAGAAAACUAGAGUUUUCUUUUCAUCUGUAACUUUCAUUAUACUAGCACAUUAUUGAAUUCUUAUGGGAAGUCUGAUUGUUUGUCUCUCCAUACUAUUUUACAUCAUCACCAUUAUGAGUCAUAAUUGAGUAUUGCCAGGAUAGUAAGUCAUUCCUAACAGUUAUUUCCAUUUGUCACCUUCAGAACAAGUGGCUAUUUUUUAGUCAUAAACCAUGCAGGGUUGGGUCACAAGCCUGGCUUGUGCUCUAUAGGGGAGUUGAUGAUUAAGUUUGGGGAAACUAGACUACAGAAACAGUGCAGUUAUCUUUGAGAACUGAUUUCACACACUCUGAUUUCAGUUUCUAAAGGCAUAUAUUUUUAAUGCUCCAUUUGUAUCUUUGUCUGCCAAUCACACAGUAUAUUACUGUUCCAGCCCAGUAGUGUCUUCAAUCCAAAGGUGCUCUUGCAGCCUGACACUCACAGACCAAACUGGUCAUUCUCUUUAGUAUGAUUCAGUAAAACCUCAGUAAAUGUUUUGGGAAAGGGAUUCUGAUUUAUUACAUUUCUGAUUAACAAGGGCUUUCAUUAGUAAAUAUUUUUUAGUUCAAUACUUAUUAUUGAAAAUCUUUGUAAAAUAUGGUAUUUUUGCUAUCUUGGCCUUAGUCACCAUUAUGGGCAACAAAAAUACAGAGAGAGUUUAAUGAUACAAAAUGAAUAAUUUUGUCACUCAUUAGGCUAAAUGAUAUAAGCCACAAAUUAUGUCAAUAGAUACCAAACACCUAUUCCUUGUUCAAAACACUUUAAAAAGUGAAGUAAGGAAUACCCUUAAUAUGAUAAAAGUUACCUGUCAUAACAACGAACUCUAGAGACAAAAGUAAAUAAAUAAAGACACCUGCUAUUAUUAUUUAACAUGAUUCUAGAAGCUAAAAGUCAUAGAAAAUGAAUAUUCGCAGGUUCUAGGACCCAUCCUGUAAUAUGUUGUUCCUUCGAAGAGAAUUAAAAAAAAAAAAAAAUGUGUGUGACUUAAUGAAUUUUGAUUUUCCAGGUCUUACUAGAUAUAUUUUUGUGUUUCCUAAGAAUUCACCAUUUUUUCUGAAGUCCAGGUUAUUUUAGUAUCCUAAAAUAGUAUUUAGUUCUUUUUUUUUUUUAGAUUUUUUAAUUCUUAGUGUAUUUUUUUUUGAAGUUGCACUUCCUUUAAAUGUUCCCAGUAAUUUUGAGAAGAGCAAAGAUGAUAAAGUAGGAAAUAUAUAUCAGGAAAGCAUUUCUUAGAGUCCUUGAAUUCUCCUAAUUUCUCAAAAAAAGCUUCUCCAUGAAUCUCACCACUCCUGAGAACAGCUUUAGAGUAACCAAACCUGAUUUGAAAAUACAAACAUCACAUAUAAAAUUAUGCAGUAAAAAUAUUAUAGAAACCUGGGAUCAAAAUUUAGAACACAAUGGAACCCAAAUUAUAGUACACUAUUUAUACCUCAGUUUUAAGAACCCAGUAUUCUGAUUUUCUGUACAAAUACUUUAUCAUUUCUAUAAUUCAAAGAAAAGCUUAAAACGUUUAGAGAAAAAUAUUUUUUUAGUGGCAUCAACUUCAAUGAUUAUCUCUGAAGCCCUCCAUAAGAUUUGAUUUAAUUUGUUCUACAUUUUGUUAAUAGUUCACUAUUAAUAGAAAAUUCUUUUUUAUGGGGGACUGCCCUUUACACUGCAGAAUGUUUGGCAACAUCAUUGGCCUCUAUCUUCUAGAUGCCAGCUGCAAGCCCAGAAGAAAACCAAAAAUAUCUCCAACCAUUGCGAAAACUGCUCCCAGUUGAGAGCCACUCCUCUACAUUAUUUAAGGACAGAUUAAAUGUGAAUAUAUAUGUCCUGCAUAAAAUUAAAUUAUCACAAAUACACAGUACCUUAAGAAGAUAAAUUAUUAUACCCAAAAUUACACAUGUGGUUCAUAUGCAAUAAAAUCCUAUUUUGGAGAAAGCUUAUGCAAAUCAGUGGAAAAUAACAAUUACAGAAUAUUUUAAAGCAUACAGAGAAAAACACAAAAAACAACAUAGCAUUUCACAGAAGCACUUAAAACUCUGGCUCUAAUGAAUAGAUCAAAUGCUUAGAAUUAGCAUAUCAAGUGGAAGUAAACAGGUGCUUCUGAAAUGCUUGAAAAGAAUAAAUAUUUUUAAGUAGUUUAAAUAUGUCUUUCAGUGUUGUUUUUAAAGACCCUUUCUUAACGUAAGGUAACUUCAUCUCCUGAACUCCUGAUAGUGGAAUACAAAUUAAUGAGGUUUUACUGUAUCAGAAUUAUUUUUAUAAUUCGAAGAGAUAGCAAUAACAAGAAUCUGAUGUGGAUGUGAUUUUUCUCUUUAAACAUUUCUAUUCUGUUGCACUGACCUUAGCAUGCUUGUGCAUGCGCAUACACCAACACAACCACCACCACCACCUUAUCAUCAUCAUCUUUGGAAAAUGAGUACUGUUGAUCCAUGUAAUUCUUUACAUCUCUCCUCUCUAUGAGUGUCUUGCCUCUGUCUUGGAACAAAAGAAAAAUACUCCUAGUAACUUGGAUAAUGAUAGAGAAAAUGAGCCUUUGUUAUCAAAAUUACACUAUAUCUACUAUGGUGACAUCAGAAGAUAAGGCUUGUAAACCACAGUCUCCAAGCUGACUCUAUCUCCCUAUGACUCCCUCAGGAGAUAAGCCCUUCCUAUAUGUUCCAGAAGAAAAUGGGUCUUUGCACUCUAUUUACCAAAAUGAAGCUAGAAGUAUUUGUUUUCCUGAUUCUAAUAAUGUGAGCAAUAAUCCCUACCAUGAAAUCAUCCAUUAACCUUGGUGUUUGGAGGGAAGGAUGAUUAUGAUUAUUUUAAUUCCCUACAAAAGUAGUAUUACUGACUUUGCUUCCUAUACUUGAGACUCAGACUUAGUGCCCCAAUCACUAUCGGGGUCAUCAUCUAACUUUGGAAGAACGGUGAUAGAACUGAGAGAGAUGUUGUCUGAUAAUUUCGUCAUAAAGAUAAUUUUUCAAAUCUUUUAUAUAGCCUUGGAGUGAUUCUCAAGUUAAUAAAUCAGAAUCCAGAUUUCUAUUCCUCAAAGAUCUUAAGGAAUCAUAAAAGGAAAAAGUUUGCUGUUGGAGUCCCUUUUUAUGUGACCUCUGUGUCCAGUUUUAAAUACACCAUCUAUCUGUUAUCUACAUCAAGGGAUUUCCAGGGCUUAGAGAAAGAAAAAGAGAGAGAGAGAGAGAUUAUGCCUAAGGUUAGUUGAAGAAGAUGAAGAUGAGCUCUUUUAAAUACUUGGUUUAAAAUGUUUGGAAGAGGGGGAAAAUGAAAAACGUUUAGAAAAGUAAGCUAAAAAUCCUCUCCUUGGUUUAGGAUCAUUGGGACAACCCAGGAGAAUAUCUAUGAUUAUAGUCUGGCUCUACAGAAAGACAUUAUAACUUGACUACUUUCUUUGAGAGGGCAAUGCCAAAAGGACUCAGACAUUUCUAUCAGGCUUUGCUCUUUGCAUCAGGAGAAAAGUAGUAGCCUUCACAGCUUCCUUACCUUUGUCUUCUGUAACACCAACCUCAUUACUGGCUACAUACUAAUUCAAAUACACUCUGUUCCAGGUGCCAGAGAUACUUGUCAACAAGUUAUGCUUUCUGGAUGGCACCAUUUCAGGGAGUAUGGUUGUUGUGUAGCAAGUUUAGUGUACAUAUUUGCCUAUAACAUAGCUCUAAAGGGAUAUAACGCAGAAGAUAAUGUCUGACUUUGGAAAGUAAGAGGAAGUGCCAAUUUGGUGCAAGAGGAUUGGGAUGGUGAGGGACACAGAAACCAGAGUUAAGUGGAAGAGGUUUUGAUGAGAAACCAGAGGCACAGAUGGCUGCUUUGAUUUAUAUAUUUAUUUAGGGAACUGAUUCUCAAUCUUGGCUGUACAUGUGAAUCACCUAAGAAACUUUUAAAAUCCCAAUUAUAUCAAAAUCUCAUGAAGUGGGAACCAAACAUUAUUAUUUUUGAAAGCCCCCAAUAUGGUUCCAGUGUCAACCAAUGCUGAUAAACACAGCUUUAUGGCUGAUUAAGGAAGACACAUUUGUCUACCUUGGCUGGUAUCCAAGCCCCACUUCUGAGGAGUUGUGGAAGGCAAGAUGCAAGAGAUACAAUGUUGUCUGGAUUGAGAAUUAUUGUGUUGUAACCCAAAACAAAUGUUCUGUGCAAAUUUCUGACCAGGCAGUGCCCCAUUGACUUAUAAUAAUUCUGUCUUUGUGGUUUUCUCCCAUAUGACUUCGCCAUUAUUCCAAUUCAAACAUCUAGGUUUUGAUUGUCUUAUACAUGUGACAUCACAAGACACCAGAAGAAAUCAAGAAACUCAACAGCAUGUAAAGCUAAGUGGAAAACUAAUACUUAAUAGUUGGAUAGUGGAAAUUAAAAUAAGCAUUUAUUAAAUCAGGCCCAAAUUUAUUAUUCAUUCUUCAUUUGGAGGAAACAUGGGUACUAGGUACCUGUUCUGCCAUAGUAUAUUUUAUUGGACUUGAUCUUAGCAAGAAGGAAGAACAGCAGUUCCUUUUUGAUUGUUGUCUUAGCUCCCAGGGCCACUUGGAUUUUUUUUCUUAGCUACUGGAUACGUGUUUAAAGGAGGAAGAGUGUCUGUAACUUAUUAUCUGGCCUCCAGCACCCUGAGAGACUGUUUUCACCUUCAAAAAGGAAGAGUCUGCCUAUCCAAGGCAAUAAUCCUCAAUGAGAAAAUGUGAGAGUUCUCUCCUCUCUUACUGCUCCCCUCUGGUAUUGGCCUGUGCUUCUCAGCUGCAAAGCCAGAAAAUAAACUAGGUGGUGGUUAUGGACAAGUAUACACAGAAUCAAAAUCUCUAAUAACCUGUAAUUUUUAGUACUUAAUUAUGUGAUGUUUUAUUCUAGGAAAUAAGAAACAGAUGACAUCAUUGAUGUAUCUUUCUUUCAUCUUCAGAAUUUUUGCAUCUUUUCAGAAAAUGACAAAUUACUAUUUUUCUGUUGCACUCAGCAAUUGUGACUAUACUUAAAAUUCUUGUAGUCUGUAGAGAUAUCAAUAAAAUUGUAUAUGUUUGUACAUAGAUGCUCUUAUGUUAUGAUGUCAUGCACCACUAAACAUUUUACCAAGAUUAAAGAUGGGCAGAGGGAAGAUUUUCAUCUGCAACACUAUGAACCAUGGUUUUGAAAGUAUACUUGUUUUUAAAAGGCAGAGAGGUGGGUGGGGGAAUCAUGUACAUCACAUUUGUCUGAACUAAAAAACAGAAAGAAAGGACUAAACACAAGUUCUCUAGAAUCACAGAUUUUGCUAGAGUAUUUUCUCCAGAUUUCAAACUGGGGAGUUGUGAAACUUUUUUAUGGAUGUUUUUACAGACAAUUUUUGAGCAUGUUGAUUGAUUAGACCUUUGGUGAAUUACAAGUAAAACUAAGUUUGGUGAGGGUACAGAGUAAAAAUCUGAGACUGAGUAAGAUAUAUUUACAAACCCAAUAUCCUUUAAAGCUCAGGCUUUAAUCCCAUCCAGGCAAAAAACAUAAACCAUUAUGAGCUUAUAUCACUUCCUAGUGGUUAUAAUGAACACUCGUUAACUCCACAACCUCCAAAAGUUCCCCAGAAAGACAUUGCUCACCUGGCUUUCAUCUGCACAGUUAAUUCCUCUUCAGACACUUUCUUUGUAUUGAUCUAUACUGUGGCCUUAGCCAGUUAAGCUUAUUCUUCCAAAUGCUAAUUAUCUCAAGAUUUUCCCAUCACCACAACUUCCCUCCUAGUUUUGGUUCCAUAUAAAAUAAACAACAACAACAAAAAAAAACAACCAACCAAUCUGAGGAUAAGAAAUGUUUCUCAAUCAAAAGUGCAAAUGUAAAAACAGACCAUUUAAAAGCCAAAUGUUCAGUCUUCUCUUCAGAAUUUUCUCAAAAGUAUCCUCACUUUCUUCGAACAACAAUCACUCGGGCUUCACAUACCGAAUUCAGUAUUUAAAAUACUGAUAUGACUUCCUUCCUUCCUUUUCCUCACCCCUUCUUUCCUCCUUUCCUAUUUUUCCAUUCAUUCAGCCGAAAAGGCAAUCAACCUAAGCAAGUUGUGGGUGGCAGCCCCGUGCAAGGAGUGCAUAGUAGCAGGGUGAGUGUGACUGCCCAGAGGACAGAGCUGGAGUGAGGUGGCUGACCUGCAGUCAGUGCUCAGGCAGUCAAUGAUGAUGGCCUGUGAGAAAGAGGCACCGGAGCAGAGCAGAAGGCAACCCAGCAGGUUAGCAGAUUAGGGACUGAUCAAUUAAGUGAUUAUCUUGAGGAUACAGGAUCCAGAUUUCUCACUGAUGGAGAAGUACAAAUAAAAAGGAAUGUGAGAAUAAAUCCUCUAUUAUUGGAUUAGAAUUGGAACUAUCAGUGUAAGUUUUAUGUGAAUACAUACAUACACAUAUAUCCACGACGUGCGUGUUGUUCACAAAGACAUACUCUAUUUCUGAAUGCUGAGAGGAUGGUAACACAACCCCAAAAACAAAAAAUGCUUGGAUUUUGAUUGUCAAGAAAUAGCUGGUUUCAAGGCUGGACUAUAUAUUUUUAUUCCAGAAAAUAAAAUAUUCAAAGAAUGUUGGGAAUGUGUCCAAAGGACACAGAAACUAGUUGAAAGGGCCCACACAGGUCAAAUCAAGGAUAAUUUGAUUAUCAAAAGUAAUAAUAAUAAUCGAAUAAAAUAGCUGACCAUGGGGAGCCUGGGUG